CAUCUACAGAGAGGACAAAGGACGCUUUGUAGAAGAUCUGUAAGACAGUAAAACAGAUACAUAUAUCCAAAAUACUGUAUUUUGGCCUUAGUAAGUCUCCCUCUAAAUUCAGCAAAGUACUGCUUUGUGGUAUGAGAUUCUACUUCAAAAGAUGCAGAGAUGUAUAUAAUACACAAUGAAUACAGCACUAAAGAGCACAGUCAGCCUCCCAACCAAAAUUGUAGUUGUGAACGUUUUUGUCUAUGGGAAUCAGAAUUGAUCUUCAGUGUACGUGAGUGGAAAUAAGUGUUUGUGAGAUCAGCACCUUCAGUGGGUGCUACAGGAGGUAACAGCAGAGUAGGAAAGUCAGAUUUAAAAAAGGGAAAAGGUGUUGCCCAGUUUCACACUUAUAACAGCUAUGGCAAACUUCUCCAAUAAGGGAGAUAUUUAAGUCUGUCUUUUGAUAGGCUGAUUUUACCUGUAAAAUAUAUAAUAUAUUUUUAAAAUGGCAAGCUUUAAUUUCAUGAGUUACAGGACUGGGCAGUGAAAUAAUUCACUGAGAGAAUAAAACACUAGAGCAUUCUUCAAGAAUUUACUUUGGGAAUGUACUAUGCUUCACCCAUUAGAAGUUUCCACUGAAUUUUAAAAAUCCUUCAAGAACUGCAUAGUUUGAAAAAGAGACUAUUUUAAUUUUGUAUGGCUUUGUUAAUAUAUAUAUGUUCUUAUUGUGGCAUGGCCAGUUCUAACAUCAUUUCUUCACAUUUUAUUCCAACGUGAAUAAAGAUAGAGAGUGCAAGAUCUUUCCUGGAAGAUGCAUCGUGAAAUACAGAAAAUGAGGGAAAUUGCCCUUGUUUACCUUGACAGAAGCGGUGGCCUUCAGAAAUUUGUGCACGAUUGCAAAAAAUAUAAUGACUCAAAACAAAGUUACGCUGUUUAUCGUUUCAUUAUUUCAAUAAAUCCUUCUGAUAUUGCUGAACUAGAUGCGACUCUGGGAAACUACAUUCUUCAUAAUCCCAUACAAGCUGCACAGAUUUUUCAGUCAGUAUGCUUCAUAGCUAUUAAGACAUUGUCAUUAAUUGAACAACUGCAGACAGAGGCCCAGAUUAGCAUACUGCUGAAACCAACACAUUUGCCACCUUUACCAAGUUAUAUUCUGAGUCUUUCUGCGUUUCCUUUUGAUUACACAUCUCAGAGAUUUUAUAUGUCUGAAGGAAUAGCAAUUGCAAUGGGAACUGUAACAAAAUAUACGCAAGGAGCAAGAUUUCUUUGCACUGAGGAAACCUGCCCAUUUUCUGAAGGGUUUAGGUGCAUAAGAGUGCAUCUGCCUGGAGCUACGGAAUCUGCCACAGUGAGGAACGAUUUUGUGUGCAGUUUGUGUUCUUCGCCACUGCAGGAAGAUAUGAAAUUUAGAGUACUUGGUGAUAAACAAAUAGUUGAAAUGAUUGAUGCAAAAGUUCUUGAUGCUCUGAAAGGAUAUUCCAAUGAUAAAUUACAUUUUAGGAUUCAGACAGUCACAGUUUUCUUGAGAGAUGAACUGGCCAAUAAAAUGAAAAUAGGAAACCAUUACAAGAUUAUAGGGAUUCCAGCUUGCGUACAAAAUGGCUUACAAGCUACAGCAUGUAUAGAAGUCAAUAGCGUACAGCCCUGUAAACCAAAGGGUCCUUUGUUUAUCAGUGACAAUUUUAAGUAUCUGCUCUCACUGAGUUCAAGUUCAUGCUGGAGGUUUACUGCCAUCCUUGCCAAUAUCUUUGCUUCUCAAGUCGUUCCACCAGGCACUUACAAUACUCUCAAACUUGCGAUAUUGCUGAGUCUAGUACAGACGUGUGAAAAAGAAAAUGCAGAUUAUCUGGAUCUGUUGAUUGUGACAAGCGACACGCUAGUAAUUGAUAGGCUUCUGAAUUACAGUGUAUGUCUUCUCCCUCGUGGCAUACGACACCCACCUUCUAGUGAAAUUUUUCCUUCCGUCUCCAAAGAUAAACACGGAACUGGAAGUGCCAGUAUUCACGCGUGCAGUGCUGUGCUGGCUAAGGGUGGUAUCUGUUACAUAGCAGACUUAUCUUCAUAUAAAAAGGAUAAACUUGAACUUCUACAGUCCGUGCUGGAGAGCAGAAUGACAACAGUAUUCAUUCCUGGGAAGAAGUAUGGAGAAGAGGCUGACCAGCAAGUUACCAUUUCAGUUCAGACCAAUUUUUGGUCUUUUGUAGAUAUAGAUUCUUCCUCAAAGAAACAUAUACAAAAGGAUAACUUCUUAAUUGGACAGAUGGAUGUGAGUUUGAUUCCACCUAACCUUCUAGAUGUUUUUGGGCUUUUGAUAUACGACGAGUUUCCUUCAUGUCGACUAUCUUCUCUCAUACCUCACGUCUUGAAAAAAGCCAUUAAUCCUGACGCCAUGCUGUACAGAGUCUCGCAGCAGUUCAAAAUGCAGGAUUAUGAGGAGUUUAUUUCGUUUGCUAAGAAUCUUCAUGUUGAACUGAGUUCAGAAGCAGAAAACCUCAUUCAGGGCUACUACCUUGCAAGUCGCAGAGUGAGAAGAGAUUCUGUUCAUGGAUCAACAGUAUCAGCAUCUGCACUAAAAAUUCUGAUUUCACUAUCCAAGGCUCAUACUAAACUAAGUUUAAGAAAGAAAGUACUUGAGGAAGAUGCGUUGAUUGCCAUCUUGUUACUUGAAUCAUCUCUUACCCUAAAACACGGUAAUUAA